AUGCCCACAGGCGCAGCGCGUGUCCGAGGGCUGAACGCUGCACCUCUCCAUGGAGAUCUACAGAAGUUUACGGAGCUAUGCCAAACUACCGAAGAUCCAAGACGACGUAAACUUUACGUUUACGGGGGUAUGCACCCCAAGGAUUUCAAAAGGAACAUUCCAAGCAACGAUUUCUACGUCUGCGAUAUGGAUAAAAUGGAGUUCACAAACCUGACGGAUUCCUUGACUUAUGCCGUUCCAGGAGACCCAUUUGCUGUUGCAGCAUGUUGGCGAAAGACAAAACGCCUUCCUGCACUUGGAGAGCCUGGUAUCGCGUUCGCCGAAAUAAGCGGCAUUCCAGUCGUUUUUCUUUUUGGCGGACACGAUCUCGAUCGCGAUGUUCCAUCCUCAAAACUGAUUGCAGUGAACACCCUACACCUCGAGUGGUUUUAUGUGGACUUUGAGCCUGUGCAGAAGCCUAGAAUGGUUGCUCCUCGCCUGAAGCCAGCCAUGGUGGCCUACAACGAAAAGCUUUACAUAUUUGGAGGGGUUCCGUCGUACGACGAACCCAGAAAACAAGCCUACCAUCGCUCGUAUUCCAUUGCUGCUUUCCAGCCAGGCAAGUUGAAAUGGAAGUGGAUAGCGGCAGAUGAACCUUAUCCCAACGAGCUGCAACAGAAUUUUCGAAGUGGUGUCAUGGUGCACGGUGGACAAGCAAUAUUGCUUGCUCCUGGAAAAGUGUUUCGAGACUCCGAAAGAGUGAUUGACUUCACCAGCAAGAGUCUCUAUUAUUUCAUCCCAAGAAAGAACAUAUUCGAAAGACUCCGCGACACUGGAGUACAACUGCCGCGAGACGUUCACUGGUAUUACCUACGUGCUUAUGAUCCCGAUGCUCUCCAGAAGGACGCGGUCUACAAUCCGACAACUCCAUCUGCCAUCUUAUGCACCUGGGUUCCAGAUAUUGAACAUCCGCGAGAUUAUCUCACAGUAGAGGGAUGGCGUCUAUUUCUACCGCCAGACCAACCUGAACGAAUGGAGUGCUUCAACAUGAAGACAGAGGUUUCGAAACUCGAUCUGGACUUGCAGCGCUUCACUCUCGUUGGAAAGAGAAUGUUUCUCAUGGGUUCAGGUGGAGAGAAGGUGAAUGGGGAAGCGAUGUGUGAUACGUACGUGGAGUUUUCCGUUGAUGAAUAG